AUCAGUCGGCGGAUCUCUGUUCCUCAUUCCAGGCAUUGCUGCGCUUGCGCCGGGGCCCCCCGCAAACUGGUAGCGAGAGGCUAGGAUUGGAUGAUGAGCACCCGACCCCCAACUCCGUGAGACGAUGUAUCUCUACUGGAAGAUAUAGGAUGGCAUGGAGAGAGCGAGACAGACAUAGAGAUGGGGAAAGAAAGUAGAGCGGAGAAAGAGAGAGAGGGAAAUACAGAGAUGAUGGGGAUGUAGCAUCAUCGAGCACGCAUCAUCCUCAAAAGUAAGCCAAGUUCUCAACGAGUUAACACAAGGGAGGGCAAGUGCUGUCCAACGGCUGGUUGAUUAUAGAGGAAGACCGCUAAUCAAAGCCAUGGCCUCCGUACUGCUUUAUCCGAUGGCAUACGGCCUGGAACUUUUUUUGGCGUCGGCACUGAGUACUCAGAUCGCUGUGUCCCUCGCAGCCGUGCUCGUGUCGACGGCCGCUGUCAUCUACUGCCAGAGAACCGUCGCUUUAUGGUGGUCGUUGACGUCGACGACAACGCAUACGAGAACCAACAUCAUUCGACCUCAUGCCGUCGUGGAUGUAACGGAAGUACGAUACGAACCCGAAACUGACCCACCUCGUGAUAGAGGUGGGGGUCAAUCAGCCCCUAGCCCGGACCUCCCGAUUGAAGAAACAGAGAAAGAAACAAUCAAAGAAGAUUUGAUAUCGGCUGCGACCACGCCCAUCUCGACUGUGGCCGCCACGAGGCGCAAACUGAGUGACGAUUCGGAGGGCAGUACGGAGGGUAGCCUCAACGGGGAGGAAGGAAGCGAAACAAGAAGGAGAAAAUCAAGUUCUGGAAGCAGCAAGGAGGGUCAACCAGAGCAAAGCUGGCUUAAUAAACAACCAGCUUAUAUGCACCGUUCACAUUGGGUGGCUAAACCAGCUCAGCCCAGGAACAACCCCCUCCUCUAUAAACCAUCCUUACUACGCCGAGCCAGCGCAGACAACAAUGGCCAGCAUACUCACCAUCGCGUGGUCGACUUCGCCACAACAACGGAGAUCACCCGCAAACGAGUGGAGGAAGAUGAUAUCCAAGAUGGGGGCGAGAGGGGAAGGGAGAAACCUCGGAAGCCUACCCUGGAUCGAAGGUCAUCGUUUCCUUCUUCUUUGCCCUCAUCCUCGGCCACCUCUCUUUUGCAGUCUCCAAAGAUGCAGGCCUCGUCAUCACUGGUUACCACCUUGUUGACGUCAUCAUCUACGUCAUCCCCCACAUCCACGCCAUCUUGCUCGGUGGCUACCCGCCAAUCGUCGUCUUCGUCAGACGAUCACGGUUCAGACUCCGCAGAAGGUAUCGUCAAGCCUGCGCUAUCUAGAGGGGAAACGGAAACUGUAGGUUCUCCUGCACUUCAGACCACAACCUCUCAAGUCUCACCUGCGGAGAAGAAACGUUCCUUCGGCUCUAGAAGUCUGAGCAGCCCAUUGCCUUCGAUUACGGUAAUGGCCCCAGCAACCAUUCAGGAGGAGAGUGAAUCUACAGAAUCGACAGUCAAGAUUCCAACCUCUAAGAAUUCCGGAAGAGUCGUACCAAAGCUAUCAUUGACGACACCGUUAUCUCCGACAACGCCGACAGAUAUAGAUGUAAGAAUUCUCCAAAGCAAGGAGGCUGACAUCUACGAAGAAGGUGGUAAGAAGCAGUCACCGAAACCUACAAAGAAACGCAUAGCAUUGCCGAUUAUUUGCGUUGAGAGUGAGUCGGACAAAAGUGACAGUGACGCUCAGGCCAAUACAACUGGAGAAGGUUCGCCCCCUGCAAAGAAAUCGCACGAUCUCUUCGUUCAGUUCUCGGUGAGGCCAACCUUUGAAAGGCCACCGCGUACUAGGAGGGUUUCAAGUGAUUCAGCAAGCUCCGGACCUGUGCGUCCACUGGGAAUAGUACGGAAAGACAGCCUCGGAAUACCGUCGAUUGUGAAAGGGGAGAUUGCCUAUCCUGGUGUUCAACGGAAAAUGCCGACGCGGAGGCAGUCUGAACCAUUGACAAUUACAGUACAGCCACCUGUAAUCUGUGAGACAAAACAAGAAAAGGACCAAACCAUCUCACAGGAGGUUAUCAGACCCAUUCCGCAGAGGGCUGAUAGUCUGGGAGUUCCCCAAGUCUUUACGGGUGAAGCAUCUUUUCCAAUGAAACAACCUCAGACGGGACCGCCAGGCAAUAUGCCACCUGCUACUAUCAACCCAAAGAAACCCCCGGGUGCCAGGAGGAAAGAAAGCCUUGAGGUACCGACCAUUGCAACUGAUAAAGUGUCCUUUCCCCAAAUUUCAAAAACUGUAAUGGGACCCCCUCUGGAAAGACCAAUAAAGCGCCACAGGCCACUCAGCUUAGAUAUUCCAUCUCUAUCGGCCACAACACCAGAAGAAAACCCAGAAGACAGGCCUCCAUUUUCUGCCCCUGCUGCCAAGAGGAAACACACUUCUAUCCUGAAGCGCGGAAAUAGCCUAGAAAAGCCAGGUCCCAAAAAAUCUGUAACAUUCUCGCCAACUGUUUCUCCACAGGAUAUGCCACCUGAAUUCAACUUUGAUCGUGAAUAUGAUGGAGCCAUUUACACAGUUCCAAAACGACCCAAAAUGAUCCGCCAUUACAGCAUUGACUCGUCCGACAUGUCUUUAAGACAAGAAAGAUAUCGCGCCGCUGGGAGACAAACUGCUCAAUCGAGAGAAGCCGGUAUCCUCUUUUCGGAUGAUCAACCAAAUAUCUCUGGUGUUAACAGGACUAGUAGUGAUUUCUCAAGCCUUUCUCAAAUUGACAUGAACAUGCCUCCAAUGUCAAUAUCAGAGGGAAGUAAGGACGUUGACAUGGAAACGCAUACAUCGGACAUGGAAGAGAGUGAUGAUGUUUUUGAGGAUUCUAAAGCUCUCGAAAUCAGCAAUGCGAAGGCUCGAUUCCUCGCUGCCGGUGGCGCUCGCGCUGUUAUGUCCGUUUUAUGCACACAAGACUCCAGUGAUUCCAAUGGCCAUGGUCCAAAGUAUUCCAGUGUUGACCUCCUUGAAGCAGAGGCGAAGAAUGUCGCGCCACUUUCCGAUGACUCGGCUGAUUCAGCUUCGGAGACAACGGCGACGAUAGAGACGCCAUUCAAGAAACUGGAAACCACGAUCAAGAUUGUUCCUGAAACCGAAUCGACGCGAACAAUCACCACACUCUCUUCACCUGAUAAAGACAAACCCGAAAUUGGUCCUAAGCGUUUCAUUUUAAGUGAGAACCUUGAUAUCCGCGCUUCUCUUCUCUUUGUUGAGACCGUUCGGAGUUCUGUGGAGUCCGAUCUUUCGGAAGGGCGCCACAGUCAUUCCUCUGAAGAAAGCGAGAAUUCUGCGAGCGAAGACAGCGUUCACCUUCCCGUGAUCGACUCCAACAGUGCCAAGAGCCGCUUCUUCCAUUCUUGCCAAGAGACCGAUGUUGCGCCAAGACAUCAACGUUACCAUGGGGACGAUAUAUGGAACACUCCGACAAUACCGGAAUUACCUGAACCAUUGGCCAACAGCUGGUUUGGGUUCCUGGAGCUCGAUCCUUCGCGACCAUCCCUGGCAAACCUCGAUGUGGAGAUCAUCGAAAGCACCGACAACGAUCUUUCAGCUCCCUUGCGAUGCGAUGACGAUACGGGGGACGAGGUCGAGGAUGACUGCGGGAGACGGGAAUAUCGAGUUAGUGUCAUGUCAACUGCAUCAGAUCACGAUGGGAGGUCUGGAAGUGGAGGAGAAGAAGAAGGAGGAAAGGCGAUGGAUGGAAGGUUGGAGGAAAGAGAUGACGGCGUAAAGGACGCGUACCCGGAUAGUGCCCCCGUUGUCGCGGUAGGGGUGCCUCUUACCGAGGCAGGGGCACCAGCCGAGGAACCGAGAAGUGUCGAGUCCAGCAAGAACGAUGCCUUACGUCAUCAAUGGCCACUCGCCGUUUCACCAGCUUCAUCCCCGGGUCAAUCGAGACAUCGUCGUCAUUUCAACACACCCAUCAUCCUUGACAACGGAUCGUCGAUGCUGAGAGCGGGACUCGCCGAUGGCGUAGCACCCUCAGUAACCAUGCCAACGGUGGUCGGUCGACUGAAGAAGGACAUCGAGAGCUAUCGAAAUCGUAAGGACGUGUACGUGGGCAAUGAGCUGACCAAGAAAUACGGACUUGUUUGUGUGAACUAUCCCCUCAGAGGAGGGGUAGUCGAUAACUGGGCUGAGUUGGAACACAUCUGGGACCACGUAGUCAGUCAUGAGCUAAAUGUCAAGUGGGAAGAUCAUCCCAUCUUGUUGACUGAGCUGGCAUCGGCACCCAAACGGCAGAGGGAAAGGAUUCUUGAGGUUUUAUUUGAGACGUAUAAGACUCCAGCCUGCUUCGUAGUCAACCAAGGGGCUUUAGCCCUGCAUGCUAACGGGGAAACCUCGGGACUGGUCUUGAGUAGUGGCAGCGGGGUGACGGAGGUCGUACCUGUAUACCAGGGAUGUACCAUCACAAAUGCUGUUACUACGUUGCCAACAGCUGGUCGAGGGGUUACUAGGAGGCUUCAGCGCAUCUUGAUGGACGAAAGAGCUUUCUCUGUCUCCACGCCUUUUGACCAUCGCAUCCUACAAGAUUUGAAAGAAAACAUGGCGUAUGUCUGCAAAGAUUAUGAUAGCGAGAUGUCACAUGCAGACCUGACCACACCGAUCAAAUACUCCCUACCAGACGGUUCCUCCGUCUCGCUUCGGAAGAAAGACCUCUUCCACUGCUCCGAAACCAUGUUCAGACCAGACAUAGUUGGACUACCACAAGAGGGACUGGUCCAGGUUCUCACUGACUGCCUCGAAAAAUGUGACCCCGCGUUCCUUGAGAGUCUCGAUCCUACACUCCUCUUGGCCGGUGGUAACACCAAGCUCCGUGGCUUCCCCGAGCGACUCCAACACGAGAUGGAUAAGGGCGGCUUCGAGCGGACCGUCAUCGCUCACGACAACCGCGACAUCACCACGUGGAUCGGCGGCGCCAUCUUAGCUUCUCACUCGAGCUUCGGCGAGAGAUGGAUCACCAGCGAGGACUUCGACGAGUUCGGGACCAGUCUAGUCCAUAAACAGGCGAUCUGAGUUAGACCAGGUCUAUGUAUGGGGUCAGGCGUAGACAGGCAAAACUGGAAGAAAGAGGAUAGCCCUGAUACGGACCUGGUAGUGUACUGGUAGCAUCAUCUAAUACCAUCUUCAGUCCAGCAACGAAAGAAGGAGCUAGCCCUGCUUGCAUUAGCGAGUGUACAUACCAUGUGGGACUGAUCCGUGAAACCUCCCUUUAUACAGUCAUGACAGAUAUAGCCAUUGUGCCGACUUUCAUGAUUUUAGUAUACUUAUUUCACCGUCGUUCUUGAUAUACGAUUUUAAUACCAUUCGCUCAAGAGACGAAAAUAUAUCUAUAUUCAACCAAAAAAAAAAUCAACUUGUAUCCGUCUGUCUGCAUCGAGAGUGUCA